UCACCAAGUAGGGAUUUUUUUUCGUGACCCAAAUAUUUUGUAUGGAUCAAAGGAGAGAGGAACCCCCCAAAAAAAAAACUAUGGAAGUGAAGGGUUCGUCGAAGAAGAUGAUAGCAACGCAAGAUGAGAUGGUGGCAAACAAGGUGCCCAUCCCAUACAGAGACCAAUGCGCCCACCUUUUGAUCCCACUCAACAAGUGUCGGCAAGACGAGUUCUACCUGCCUUGGAAAUGCGAGAACGAACGCCAUUCCUACGAGAAGUGUGAGUACGAGCUCGUCAUGGAGAGGAUGCUGCAGAUGCAGAAGAUCCGCGAGGAAGAGGCCAAAUUGAAACAGGCGGGGAAACAAGGCGGAUCCAUCCCUCUCAUCCCCAAAACUGCUAAUACUUAAUCUACCUCCACGGAAGGUUUUUAACAGCUUUGGUGGAUGUUGGCAUUGUUAUCCGAGAGAGUGGGAAUUGUGUUGUCCUGAACUCAUGUAAAGGAUACUGUUUCCUUGUUUAUGGAAUAAAUUUGCUCACCAAACACAUGGUUUUUGUGACA